AUGGCCGAACCUAUGAGGGCUUCCUUUCUUCAAACGGUCCCCGACAGUCUCAAAGUCGGUGCGCGGGUCGAGGCGCUCGGACAAUUCACGGGAACCGUGAAGUUUGUCGGGACGACGCAGUUUGCAGCUGGUCCGUGGAUCGGUGUCGAGCUGGACACACCGGAUGGCAAGAAUGAUGGCACGAUUCAGGGUGAAAGGUACUUUGACUGCAAAGCUGGACACGGCAUAUUUGCACGGCCGGCUGCAGUCAGGAGCUUGGACACGCUUUCCAUGCCCGGACAAGUUCCAGAAUCGUCGCCAGCGUCAACACCAAGUGCUGCAGCCGGACCGCAGUCUCCAGACUCCAGUCCUGGUGCAGUGUGGUCCCGACGGCAGAGCAUAGACCUAGAUUUGAGGAGUGACAUCUGCGUCGAAGACCGUGUGGACUUAACUGGAGUAUUGAGCGGCUGUGCAGAUGAAGUGCAUUCGCUGCACGAGGCCGUCGACAAGCUCAUUCAGGGCUCGGCAUCUGUACAGAAAGCAAAGUCCGGGAGCGGGGACCAGGCGCUGGACAAGCUCACACCGGAGGAAGAGGAGUGGCUGAACAAGGCAGCAGAAAGCUUAGCGAGGAGCUUCGAGGAGAAGCUCACUUCAGUGCUAGACGAGAAGCUGAUGGCUCUUCCGGCGGCGGCGGUCGCGCAGUAG